AUGACUGAUUGGAAAGAUUCCAAGAUAGACGGUGAUACAAUAAUUGUUGAUCCAGAUAGGGAUGUAGUUCUUAUUCUUGAUUUAAAUAAGAAUGUAUCCGAUGUCGUCGUUGAUGCUACAUCAACUGAUUCUCCGAGCAAGGACAUAUCGUCAACUGAUUCUCCGAGCAACGAUACAUCGUCAGCCGAUUCGUCAUCCAUUCAUUCGACAGUUAACAAGUCUACCACGACUGAUUCAAAGAAGAUCCGCUUCGUAGUUUCCUCAAAACACAUGUCGCUCGCCUCACCAGUUUUCAAAGCCAUGCUACAAGGCAACUUCCAGGAAUGCCUCGAGCUGAAAGAAACUGUUAACAUUGAGAUACCACUUCCUGAUGAUGAUUCCACUGCAUGGAAGAUCUUGAUCAAUCUCAUUCACGGUCGAAAUAAAUCCGUUCCACUACACCCUGCAUUGCAAGUUGUCACGCAAGUUGCUGUCCUGGUCGAUAAGUAUAGAAUGCAUGAGAUUGUUUAUAUGUUCACUCCAGAAAUUACCCGAGUUGUCCAAUGUGAAGGUCUUGACCCCUUUGGAGAAACUCUCAAGCGCUACAAUUUGGAUCAUUUACCAAUUCCACAACCGGUUACUGACAGACUCGAAGCAUCACGCCAAAACGCAAUGGAUAAUGCUUUUGAAAUUCUUAGGAGCACCAUAUUACGAUACCAAAAUGAGAGUUCUAACUGCGAAAUUGACGCUCACCCUAAUAAGCUGGUUGACGGGCUAGAAUCUCAUAGAAAAUGGUGCGAUAUGUUGGUACAUGCGAGCCUCGUGGAGUCUGCGACAAAGCAAUCGAUAUUUCCCAUCCCAAAGGCUCCGUACGAUUGUGUAUCUUUCUUGUCUUUGCAAUUGAGUAUACGCCAGCUCAAUAUUGUUACAGCUUGUUACAUUUUGAAAAUGCGCACUCUUGACAAAUAUGGAAUUCACGAAACUCUGAUUGCAUCAAUCAACGCCGCUGGAGAAGAUUUAAUUGGACUACGAAUAGAUAGCCUAAAGAAGCAGCCAAUACAAACUCAUUGUCCAACUCAAUAG